UGUUCUACCACUGAACAAGGCAGUUAACCCACUGUUCCUAGGCCGACAUUGAAAAUAAGAAUGUGUUCCUAAUUUAACAUCCUCGUGGUUCUCUGUCUAAGCAACACAGUUUUCAGGACUCAUUCUAUCGAUGUGGUGGUGUUCAGGAUGUAUCCAUCCUUUUGGGGAGGUAUUGAGGAACUACAUUUUAUCCUUCAGAGAACGAAGUCACUGUUUCUGUGUUUGUUUUAAUUCAAUACAACUGACUCUCCUCCCUUCCCCUGCCUCUUCCCCCCCAGGUUGAUUGACAAGCCCGUCGUCCAAUCAAAUCGUCGCCAUGAUCGCCACGGGCGGCCUGCUGCGUAUGAACCGGCGCCAAGACUCCCAGCGAUCUAAGAACCAUGCUGAGAACCAGAGGAAGAGGAAACAAGCAGAGAGGAAGAAGAGGAAUGAUGUGGUAGUGGUGAAGGGGAAACUCAACCUGUGUUCCCCAUCUGGGCUGGUGGCUGCGGUGGGGGUAGUGGUAUUGAUGCUGGGGAUAGCCAUGGCUGUACUGGGCUACUGGCCACAUGAAGGCCACAGCCAGGGGAAGGCAUCCGGGGUAUCACCAGGGGAGGAGCGGAGAGACAACGGCAGGAUGAGCUACUCCAAGAGCCCCCUGGUGUCUGUCACCUGGAGCAAUAACAAGGAUAACAACACAGCCAACCUGACUGUUGGGGAGUUGACCAACCAGACUGUUGAGGAGUUGACCAACCAGACUGUUGAGGAGUUGACCAACCAGACUGUUGGGGAGUUGACCAACCAGACUGUUGGGGAGUUGACCAACCAGACUGUUGAGGAGUUGACCAACCAGACUGUUGAGGAGUUGACCAACCAGACGAGUGCUGAGUUGACAAAUCAGAUGAGUGAUGUUAUGAAUGGAAGUGUUCCUCAACCUAUAUCUGUGUCGACAAGUCCUCAUCCUCCCUCAGGGGGGUUUCUCUCUGAGUUCCUGGACAGCUACCUCUACUCAGACAACUUGAAGGUGUUUGGGCCCUUAGUGAUGGGGAUUGGCAUCUUCCUCUUCAUCUGCGCUAACGCCGUGCUUCACGAGAACAGAGACGAGAAGACCAAAGUCAUCAACCUCAGAGAUAUUUACUCCACGGUCAUCGACCACCACAGCACACGGACCAAGGACUACUCGCCGAUUAACGGACUGGUGAACUAUGUGCAGUCCAGGGGCAGUGUGGACAUAAAUUCGGGUUCGUUCCAUCCUGGCGAGAUGCUAGAGCACAAUCCUUGGCCCUCCACUACCGUGUCAAGCCACCAGGGGGAGAUAGGUAGCAGUGAGCAGCAGUAUAGACGACCGUCAAUGGUGGGUCGGCAGCGGAGCUGGUCCAGGGACAACCAGACGUUCACAGAAAGUGUGUAUAGCAUCUACAGAGACCAGAAGCGCAGGUGUUCAGAGCAGACACCCUACCCCAGACAGUGGGACUCAGAGCAGGCCUCGUACCCCAGACAGUGGGACUCAGAGCAGGCCUCGUACCCCAGGCAGUGGGACUCAGAGCAGGCCUCGUACCCCAGGCAGUGGGACUCAGAGCAGGCCUCGUACCCCAGGCAGUGGGACUCAGAGCAGGCCUCGUACCCCAGGCAGCGGGACUCAGAGCAGGCCUCGUACCCCAGGCAGUGGGACUCAGAGCAGGCCUCGUACCCCAGGCAGUGGGACUCAGAGCAGGCCUCGUACCCCAGGCAGUGGGACUCAGAGCAGGCCUCGUACCCCAGGCAGUGGGAGGGUACAGCAUCCAUUGUCAGUUCUUCUUUUAACGUCUUCACCCUCCCAAUCAUCACACUUAACAACGGUGCAGUGGAGGAGGGGGGACAGGAGGGGGGACAGGCCGAGAGAGAGGAGGAAGUGAUCACAGAUGUCAAGGAUUUUAGUGGAAAUGGGAUUGAGCAAGUAGCAGGUUAUAGUCAAAGUCUGGAUAAUACAGAGAAGGAUUCUUCAAGAAGGACCUCGAUGAAUCACCUGGAAUAUGAGGGUGGUACCGUCAUGACCCUAACUGAACCAGAUGAGGCGCUACAAGGACAGACCCUCACCCCACAGGGCCCCCGGCUGUUCCCUCCUUCUCCCGUUUUCAGGGCGACGACGGGGAUGGGAUCUCGCCUGUCACUCAACUCCCUCUCCAGCCCAGGGGUCGACCAGCCCCAGCCGGCACGACGAUGCAGCCUCACGGUGGCCGUCUGUCGUCAAGGCGACCGGGCUCGUCGGUUCAGCUGUACGCGUCUGGAGCGGUCAAACAGUAAGGGAUACAUCAAACUGGAAACCGGAGAUUCUUUCGACGUACCAGAUGUAGUGACUUCCUGUGUGCCUGACUCGAAUCAGGAAGAAGAAGUAGUAGCAGACAAGGUAGCAGAAGCAGCUCAAUGAAAAAGAGAGAGGGUGACUGUCACCCUUAGCUCUUCUUUAACAGAACUCUAGACAGAUCUGUCUCCAUCGUCAUGUCGAUCUCUUUAGACAGUGAUCAAAAACUGACCAAUAGAGUCAAGGUACAGCCAAAAGGAACUCAGGAGAGGAGAAUCAAAUCAACUCACAACAAAUCAACUCUAGACAGAUCUCUACACAGAACUCUAGAACUAUCUCUUUGUGUCUCAUCAUUGUAGAUGGAUGUCAUAGUCAGUAGAAGACAGUGAUCAAAACUGACCUAUAGAGUCAAGGUGCAGCCAGAAGGAUGUCAGGAGAUCAGGGAGAAGGAGAGAGAAAGAGAGAGAGAGAGACAGACAGACAGACAGACAGACAGACAGAGAGAGAGACAGAGAGAGAGACAGAGAG